AUGGCCACAGGAGGUGAAGAAGAAACAACAGCUUUGCGUAUAUUACGCAUUACAGAUAUUGUUCACGAGCCCCUUGAAUUUAUCGCACCUAUUAGUGGCUAUGAAGAAAUGCCACUUGUUCCACUUGAAAUAGCUGUUGAACCACUCAUUUCUAUUCUACCAGCUAUUCAAAGUCGCGCAUAUAUUGCCAAACAAAGAUGUGAGAAUCCUGCCGAUGGAUUGACACAAGAUGAAUCCGCCUCAAUUAUGCUAUAUACAAUGAGUUGGAAACCACUCGAUAAAUGUUUAUAUUUUGUUUUAAAUGAUACAUUACGAUCAUCAGAUCGACAACAAAAGCUCGAACCAUGGUAUUUAUUUCUAAGACUCUUCCUUAAUGCACUCAAUCGUCUUCCAUCACUUCAUAAAAUUGCAUACAGAGAUGUUAAAUUAGACCUAAGCAAACGCUAUAUCAAAGGAAAAACAAUCGUCUGGUGUGGUUUCUCAUCGUGCACAACAACUGUUAGUAUUCUAAAUUCGAAAUCAUUUUUGAGAACGACAGAUGACAGAACAAUAUUUACCCUACAAUGUCAAUCAGCCAGAGAUAUUCGCAAGCAUUCAUAUUUUCCAACUGAAGACGAAGUACUUCUUAUGGCUGCAACUCAAUUCAAAGUAGUCAGUUGUCUUAAUCAAGGUGAUCUUCAUAUUAUUCAAUUGGAAGAAACUCGUCCUCCAUUUCCACUCUUACAACCAGUACCUAUUGUUGUUCCCUCACGUAAGUGA